AUGGCCGCUAAUAAAGACAGUGUUAAAGUUGCUGUUCGUGUGAGGCCUUUCAAUAAGAGGGAAAAGGAUGCCAGCAGCCGGUGUAUUAUUUCCAUGAACUCAAACACCACCACUAUCUAUGACCCUCGAAACCCACAGAACAGGAAGACCUUCACUUUUGAUUAUGCCUACUGGUCCCACAGUGAAUUUAUUAAAAGCAAAGAUGGGAUGCUUGUUCCAGGAGAACCAAAUAGCCGCUAUGCUGACCAGAGGAAGGUUUACCAGGACCUUGGCCAAGGUAUGUUGGAAAAUUCCUGGCAGGGGUACAAUGCCACACUAUUAGCCUAUGGACAGACCGGCUCAGGAAAAAGCUAUUCCAUGAUCGGCAACACCGCUAACCAAGGCAUCAUCCCUGCAAUCUGUAAAGAGCUUUUCAAAGAGACAGGAGAGAAUCGAGACAGCAACAGACUGCACCAGGUAUCCUUUAGCAUGCUGGAAAUCUACAACGAACAGGUGGUUGACUUGCUAUCUAAAAGCAAGGCCCCAGGAGGACUGAAGGUGCGGGAGGACCAGCAGCGUGGCUUCUACGUGGAGGGGCUGAAGUUGGUUCCCUGUGAGAGCUAUGGGCAGAUUGAGAGACUGAUGGAGCAGGGAACCAGGGCCAGGACCACUGCUUCCACCAACAUGAAUGCCUGCAGCAGCCGCUCACACAUGGUCAUCACCAUCCAGUUAAAGCAGAUUUGCACAAAGGAGAACCUCACAAAGCAGUCAAACAUUAACCUGGUGGAUCUGGCAGGCAGUGAGCGGCAGAGGUCCUCUGGGUCUGAAGGAGAUCGUCUCAAGGAAGGCACAGCUGUGAACCUCAGCCUGACCACGCUGGGCAACGUGAUAAGCUCUUUGGCAGACGUGGCAGUGGGAAGGAAGUCGGUGCACAUUCCUUACAGAGAUUCAGUUCUGACUAAACUGCUCCAGUCAGCGCUAGGGGGCAACAGCCGAACUGUCAUGAUUGCAACUGUCAGCCCUGCAGACAUCUGCUAUGAAGAGACUCUCUCCACUCUGCGCUAUGCAGAAAGGACCAAGAAAAUCCAGAACCAAGCUGUGAUUAACGAGAGCCCCAGUGAGAGGCUGGUCAAGGAGCUGAAGGCAGAGAACGGCAGGCUGCUCCUGAAACUGAGCAGACUGGGACAGGAUGGGAGAGGAGCGGAGGAUGAAACACAGGGGUUGCGUGAGCUCCUGGCGCAGAAUGAACUGCAGAUCCAAGCAACCCAGGCACUGUGGCAGCAGCACCUCGAAGAGGCACACAGGGAUUGGGAGCAGCAGUACACAGCUAUCACCCAGGAGAGGCGGAUGAUGCAGGCCUUCCCUUACAUAUUAAACAUCAAUGAAGACCCCCAGCUUUCCGGAGUGGUUAAACACUUUAUCCAAGAGGGUGAAUGGGAACUAGGUCUUUCUGACAGAGCUUCUAAUGCAAUAACAGUGAAAGGUCUGGGCAUUCUAGAUAAACAUGCUACCUUUACAAAUAUUGAUGGAAGAGUUGCCAUAGACCCAUGUGGAGAGGCCAAAGUGAUUGUGAAUGGCACACCCAUCCUGAAAGGCACUGAGCUCAAGCAUUUGGAUCGGAUUAUAUUGGGUUCGAACAGUACCUUUCUGUAUAUUGGCUUUCCCUCUGAACGCAGCGACGAGGACUGGGGCAGAUUGGACUAUGACUUCUUCCAGUCAGAGCUUGCCAUGGCAGAGGGGUUUGACAUGGAUAAACUGGAUACCAGUAGUAAGAAUGGCAAAGCCAACCCAAGUGUGCUCGCAGUAUUUCAUGACUAUAUCAAGGUGAUGCCCAUGGUGACUGAGGCAAACCAGAUGAGCCAAGAAUUAAACAAGGCUAUGGAGUUUAAGUUAGAGGUCAAAAACUUGGCAAUGUGUGACUCCAAGGGCCAUGAUCUGGAAAAAGAAAUCACAGUCAAAGUGACCCACAAAGAAACUAAGCAGGUGUGGGUGUGGUCCAAAGCAAAGUUUAUAAACAGGAAGUUUCUGAUGGAGGAGUUGUACCAGAGACACGUGGAAGAGGACACUGUGUGUGUGGACAGGGAGAAGGAUCCGUUCUGGGACCCAGUGGACUGUGUACACUUAGGAAGCGCUCAUGUCUGGCUGCAAUCUCUCGCCUUCUGCAUCAAACUGGAAGAACAGGUGGAGUUCCUCAACUCAGAAGGCAGGGAGGAAGCCAUCUUACAAAUACACCUUGUCCCCUGCACUCCCACAGGAGAAGUACUAGGAGAGGAUGACAUCCUGAUAGACCCCACAGAGCUGCUGGGCAGGAGACUUGAUUUCCAGAUACAUGUCAUCCAGGGGUUUGGAGUGAAGUGGCUUAAAGAGAUUACAGAUAGGGGAGUUCAGAUUGGAUACAGUGUAUAUAAUCACUCACACGUCUUUUACACCGAAUGUGUUUGGAAUCAUAUGAAUCCCACGCUGGAGCACAAGACACACUUUACAAUGCUGAGUGUCUCACAAGACUUUCUCAAUUAUCUGCAAACAAAUGCAUUAGUCGUUGACCUGUGGGGACUCCAAGAGGCCAGUAGCUCCCUGACAUCCGCUCUUCUGGAUGAGAAAGGCAGUUGGUUUGAUCGUGUGUUUGGAGGAUUCCCACUGCCCUUCAGUUCUCCUGAGCUGUUGUAG